UUUUCAAUUAAUUGAAGUUGUGCAAAAUCGUCAUAAUAGCAUAUUUCUGAAUGAAUCCUUAUCAUUUUUAAGUAACCACUACAACAGGUCAUAGACGUCUACAGUAGUGCUUAUCUGCUUAUCAAUCAUUUCCAAGUUUGACGUUUGGAUUAGUAAAACAUGACAGCAAAAAUUAAUUUUCAGGUAAAAAAUAAAGAUAUUCUGCAAAGUGGUAUAUUUAAUCAAACUUUAAGGGACUGGCAGAGUAUCCAAUGUGAAAUCACAGCGAAAAAUUUGAUGUACCCAGUCUUUAUUGUGGAAGAUGAUGAUGUCGUACAACCCAUUAGUAGUAUGCCAGGAAUUUCAAGGUAUGGAAUAAAUAAAUUACGUGAUCAUUUACAAGAUGUUGUUAAAAAUGGACUACAAUCUGUGUUACUUUUUGGAGUGGUAGAAAAGUUGUCCAAGGAUGAUUUUGCUACCCAUGCAGAUAGCUCACAAAAUCCAGUAGUCAAGGCACUUCCUAAACUAAAAAAAUGGUUUCCUAAUCUGACAAUAGCCUGUGAUGUUUGUUUAUGCCCUUACAGUUCCCAUGGACAUUGUGGAAUACUGAACAAUGAUGGUAGUUUAAAUAAUACUGCUAGUAUCCAAAGAAUAUCAGAUGUAGCUCUAGCUUAUGCCAAAGCAGGAGCAGAUAUUGUUGCACCGUCGGAUAUGAUGGAUGGAAGGAUUGGAGCCAUUAAAACAAAGUUGGUUAAUAAUGGUUUAGGUAAUAGAGUAGCAGUAUUAUCUUAUACUGCGAAAUUUGCAUCAGGUUUUUAUGGACCAUUUAGAGAUGCAGCUAAAUCAAAACCAGCCUUUGGGGACAGAAAAUGCUACCAGCUGCCCCCUCAGAGCACUGGCUUAGCUUUGAGAGCAGCAGAUCGAGACGUAAAUGAAGGAGCUGACAUGUUGAUGGUUAAACCUGUCAUGAGCUACAUGGAUAUAUUGAGACAGAUCAAGGACAAACAUCCUGAGUAUCCCAUGUUCGCAUAUCAGGUAUCUGGAGAAUAUGCCAUGAUUCAUCAUGCUGCUACGAGGGGAGAUUGUGACUUAAAAGUUAUUUUAAUGGAAGUUUUAGGAUCCAUCAGAAGAGCAGGUGCUGAUGUCAUUAUUUCUUAUUUUACCCCACAAGUAUUGGAAUGGACAACGUUAAAAAGCAAAUUAUAGAGAGAAGUUAUUAAAAAUAAAGCAAAAUGGUGAUAGCAUUAUAUGACAAAAAAUAUGAUAUAAAAUAUUGACGAUGCACUUGUUUAUUUUAGCAUUAAAUUUUUUUUGGAAAUAUAGAGAAUAAAAAUUGUGA